UUAGCUCGGUCGGUCGGUCGGGCAGACAGGCUUAGGGUUAGGCAGGCAGCGCUAGUGGUGCAAUAAUUUGUGACUUGUGGGGGGAGACUAGGAGAGAUAGCAGAGGGAGAGAAUUUCCACAAACGAAUCUAAGGCGCGCAGGGGGUGAUUUGAUUGAAUGUUGACUCGUCCCAUCGAGCAAACAAAAUUCCUCUUUGCGCAUUCAAUGUUACUUUACUCCAACCUUUCGAGGGCCGACGACGCGAUUACAACUUUACAGGUUAUCAGCAUGGCGGAGCCUUCUUCUUUCUAGUACACGAACGCACAUACACACUCGACGCACACUCACUCGCCUCCUGGCACACAACAUGAAUGUAGGUCAUAUAUCGGGAAGUAGGGGGUACCCACCGGCAGGGCAGAAUUGUCAUGGGCCCCUUUCCAGCUCGAUGCUUGAUUGCGCAACUUCAAUAUCUCGCUCGAUGGCAUUUGUUCUUUUGCCUUUUGCCUUUCUUCUCCUCCUCCUUCAACUCCCUGCCUGCUUGCCUGCUUGCCUGCCUCCCUUCCUUCUACGGGAUCCCCGAACAUGACAUGACGUGACAUGCUCCUCCGCUUUUCUCUCGAUCGAAUAUCUUCAUCUUCCUCGCAUGUAAGUAGUAAUCGAGUGCCUCGAUGGGACGAGGACGACGAGGACGACGAGGUUGAGGUUCGCUCGCGGCCAUGGUCAUCGUCUCUUGGUUUCCCUCGCUCGUUGGCCCUGGUUAUGGUCAUGGUCAUGGUCGUCAUCGUCUCUUGGUUCCCCUCGGCUCUCGAUGGCCGGCUGGCCCAUCGAUCCAACGACGAGGGGAACGAAGGGGCGAGACGGGACUCGCAUUUGACCGCGACCGCAACCACGACUGCGACUGGCGGACGGUGGAGUGCCGGGGGUCGAACGCGGUCGGGCGUUUGGAGAGCUCGGCUUCCGGGAAGAAGACAGCGAUGGAGUGGGAGGGGAUCGAUCAUGACACAGAGGAGCAUGUGGAUUAUGCUCGAAAAAGAAGGUGCGAGCGAGAUGCGAGAGGAAAAUUAUGCCCCCAGCAAAUCCACUGCGCUGUUUGCACAUGAAAUCAUAAGUCAUGUCCUCGGCAUACCCCACUGUCCAGAGCAGUCAAGUGGAUUGCGUGUGAGCCUGUCUGGUCAGAGGGCAAAGCACUCCCUCCCCCCCACAGAUGCAAGAGUGCUUUUGAAUGUCGUCGUCGUCGUCCUCCUCGUAGUAGUAGCUGGUGGUAAAAAGGCGAACUCUCUCUCUGUGUCUGUCUGUCUCUCUCUCUCUCAGGAGGGGGGAGAUUUAUCGUCCUUCGUGUAAUCCACUUUCGGAAGAAUGGUUGUCUGUCUGGCCACAUUUCAAGCCACAACAAAGCAUGCUCCAUGUAUGCCGCUGGUAAAAGCGGCCUCUCUACACGAGACCAAAAGUGCACACUUAUCUUCAUAUACGCUUCACAUGCC